AGCCCAGCCGAGACCCGACACUGCGUCCCGGCAGCGCACUGGGAGGGACCCGAGAGUUGCAGUGCCAUCCCGGAUGCGGACGCACAACUUGGAGCAACUUUAAGAUCCAAGCAGCCGCCGGCCCGCGCGGACCCGGAGCAAGAAGGGGGCAAACAAGAAGAUGCCUCGGCCCGGCCGCAACACGUACAGCGACCAAAAGCCGCCCUACUCCUACAUCUCGCUGACCGCCAUGGCCAUCCAGAGUUCUCCAGAGAAGAUGCUGCCGUUGAGCGAGAUCUACAAGUUCAUCAUGGACCGCUUCCCCUACUACCGGGAGAACACGCAGCGCUGGCAGAACAGCCUGCGCCACAACCUCUCCUUCAACGACUGCUUCAUCAAGAUCCCGCGGCGGCCAGACCAGCCGGGCAAGGGCAGCUUCUGGGCACUGCACCCCAGCUGCGGGGACAUGUUCGAGAACGGCAGCUUCCUGAGGCGCCGCAAGCGCUUCAAGGUACUCAAGUCAGACCACCUGGCUCCCAGCAAGCCCGCCGACGCCGCGCAGUAUCUGCAGCAGCAGGCCAAGCUGCGCCUCAGCGCGCUUGCGGCCUCCGGCACGCACCUGCCACAGAUGCCCGCCGCCGCCUACAACCUGGGCGGCGUGGCACAGCCCUCGGGCUUCAAGCACCCCUUCGCCAUCGAGAAUAUAAUCGCUCGCGAGUACAAGAUGCCUGGGGGUCUGGCCUUCUCCGCCAUGCAGCCGGUGCCCGCCGCCUACCCGCUCCCCAACCAAUUGACUACCAUGAGCAGCUCGCUGGGCACUGGCUGGCCACACGUAUACGGUUCCGCAGGCAUGAUCGAUUCAGCCACCCCCAUCUCCAUGGCUAGUGGCGAUUACAGCGCCUACGGCGUGCCACUGAAGCCGCUGUGCCAUGCAGCAGGCCAGACGCUGCCCGCAAUCCCGGUGCCAAUCAAGCCUACACCGGCCGCAGUGCCCGCGCUGCCCGCGUUGCCCGCGCCCAUCCCCACUUUGCUCUCGAACUCGCCGCCCUCGCUCAGCCCCACGUCCUCGCAAACAGCCACCAGCCAAAGCAGCCCCGCCACUCCCAGUGAAACGCUCACCAGCCCGGCCUCCGCCUUGCACUCGGUGGCGGUGCACUGACCCGCAACAGCCCGAGCCCCCUCUUGUCCCCCUCCCGCCAGCUUAUUCGCCUUCCCAGCCUCCCAGCCCUGCCCUCCUCCGCCUAGGACCGCCACCCUAACUUGUCCAUUUCACCUUCGGCCAACCCUCUCCCCACCAGGAGAACUUUGUUUUGG